GAGGAAAGGCGAGGAUAAUUUUUUGCGGAGGGAAGGAGGAAAACGACGACGCAUUGAAUGGAGAAUCAGAAGGCAUCGGCGUAUUACGAGAACAGAGCGGUUCAGUUCGGGGUAGUGAGCACCGACUGGCUCGCUCAGGCCCAGUCCGCCACCGUCCAUUCUCCUCCUCACAACAACGAUGACGACGAAGAGAUACCGUUCUCGGUGAUAUCGGAGUUCGACAGGUGGCGCAAACACCCCGAUUUGGCGGAGGCCGUGGCCGCCAUUCGCGCCUUGGCCGCCGUCAUCCGCUCCAGCAAGGCCUCCACCAUGAUGCAGCUCGAAAUCCAACUCAAAAACGCCUCCGAUACCCUCAAAUGCUGGGAUACAACCUCCAUCUCUCUAACCGCCGCCUGCGAUCUCUUCAUGCGAUACGUCACCAGAACUUCCGCUUUGGAGUACGAAGACUUCAAUUCCGCCAAGUCUCGCUUGCUCGAACGCGCCGAAAAGUUCGGUGAAAUCUCCUUCAAGGCUCGCAAGAUCAUUGCAAUGCUCAGUCAAGAUUUUAUAUUCGACGGCUGCACGAUUCUCGUUCACGGAUUCUCCCGAGUCGUGCUUCAGAUUCUCAAACUCGCCGCGCAGAAUAACAAGCUCUUUCGCGUCUUCUGCACAGAGGGGAGACCAGAUCGAACGGGUUUGCGGUUGUCAAAUGAGCUGGCCAAGCUUGAUGUUCCGGUGAAGCUUGUUAUAGACUCUGCGGUGGCGUAUACCAUGGAUGAGGUUGACAUGGUGUUUGUUGGGGCGGAUGGAGUUGUUGAAAGUGGUGGCAUAAUCAACAUGAUGGGGACUUACCAAAUCUCAUUGGUUGCUAAGAGUAUGAGCAAGCCUGUUUAUGUGGCUGCUGAAAGCUACAAGUUUGCUCGACUUUACCCUCUGGACCAAAAGGAUUUGGCUCCUGCCUUGCGACCAGUUGAUUUUGGUGUGCCUAUUCCAUCCAAGGUUGAGGUUGAAUGUUCUGCGCGGGAUUAUACUCCUCCUCAAUAUCUCACUCUGCUUUUCACAGAUUUAGGUGUUCUUACUCCAUCAGUUGUUAGUGAUGAACUCAUCCAGCUAUACUUGUAGUCAUUCCUGUAUAAUUUUCUUCCGAUUCCUUUAAAAUGUUGGCCUCACUUCAAGAUUCUGUGUCUUGUGAAAUAAUUUUGUAACAAGUACAUGCAUUAGCAAGUUCAGUAUAACUGAGGAUCUAUGAAGCUCGGAUGCUCUGAAAAUGUCUAAGUAUCAA